CUCAAACUCUCACCCUGGAGCGGAACUUCCCUGUUCGGUGCCGGGUCGCCCCACAGUUCCAGCGCCACAGUCUUGUUUCGGUCGGUCAGCAGUGCGGUAACGAGCUCGUGUCCCCGUCGUUUGGAUUGUUCCGCGCUCUCUUUGUUCUCGUGGUGCGUGUGCUGCACCAAGUUUAGAACUCGUGACAGGAACCUGCCCGUCAAUCCGGAACUCCUCAAUAUGGCUGUGCUGCAAUCGAUGAUCCUGGCCAGUGUCCUGGUGUUGGCGUUCGUGGUGCACCAAGGUGAUGCCAUCCGGUGCUUCGUCUGCAACAGUGCGGACGACUCGCAGUGCGCGUACGACGUCCCGCCGGCGGAAAUGCAGGUCGACUGCGACACGCUCAAGGACGGCAACAAGUACACCUUCUGCCGGAAGAUCCACCAGUCGAUCGAGUUCUCCGUCAACAACCUGCCCCCAGACACCAGGUUGAUCCGUAGCUGCGGCUGGGAUGAAUCCUCCUACAAGGGCAAGUGCUACCAGCGUUCCGGAUUUGGUGGCCGCCAGGAGGUUUGCGCCUGCUUCGAGGACAACUGCAACGGCGCCUCGUCGGUGCAGGCCACCCUGGGACUGCUGUUGGCUGCCGCCAUCGCCUUCCUCGUUCGUGCUUAAUCCGAUGGCGUGUGUCGCCCGGUUAGGAGAAGUGUGCUAGUGUAGCUUUCCCAGAAAAAAAAAGAUGUUUGAUUUUUGUCCCCGCCCUCCCUUCGAACAGUUUUUAGGUGCUGCAAAAGUUGAAUAAAAGCUAGCAAAAAUACAAACAUACUCACUCACACACACGCAACACAACCGCAGAACGAACGCGCGUAGGAAUUUUAAAAUCUCAUCAAAAGUUUAAGAAAAAAUCACGAUGCUAUAGUUUAAGAAGACAACCAAACAAAAAACCGUACUGGAAUUCAAGUAAACGUUCCAUUAGUUCAAACGAAAAUCAAAUUGAACCUUUGCAGAAAAUAAACAAAAAGAAACACUGUUGAAUAGUCAAUAGAUUUAGUUUUUUAAAUUGUAUUACUAGUACUAUAAAAGCUAGGUUCCGAACACACAUUCGCUAUUUAUGAGAUAUUUUAAAGUGCAAGCUAAAUUUCCUCGAACCAACCGGGGGAGUUCAAUUCGCAUGCCCCAAAACUCGUGCCCAUCCGUAACAAACCCGAGCAAUCUAAUUUCGUCCCAACUAAUUGAUAACGAAAAACUCUGUGUUCAGCGACGCCAUUUUGCGAUGGGCACGUGCUUUUGAGCGCGCAAAAUGGCUACCCCCGGUUUUGGCAUGGCAAUAUUCCUUUGUAAAUACAGUAUCGUUGUACUCUACACAGAUGCGGAUGUGAGCGCGGGAGGGUUCAGCUUCAGGUUAAGUUUUUUGCAGCGAUCGUCGAGAUAUCUUAGAAGUGUUAGGAAACUACGUCGAUGGCUUCUUAAAAAAACCGAAUUAUUUUAAGACUCCGAAAAACAAGUUGAAUAAAAUUGGUGAAUUACACACACAGAAAAACCAAAAAAGAAGUUUCUUUUUCGCCCAUUUCUGAUGAGCUUUAUUUUUCAAAUUUGGAAAUACAAAUGUUCCAGAUAUCUUCACGUGAAUCAAACCAGUGCUGCCAUCAUGUACGAUUCUGUUGCAGAAUUUUUUGACACGAAACACACGCAACUAGUCAGUAUGAAGUACGCGAAAGCUAUUGUAAGUAGAUGGUAGACGCGUCUAUGAAAUAGAGUUUAUGAACAAUUGUCAACUGAAGAAACUUUAUAAAUAAUAGAGUAACGACAAAGAAAAUCGGAUAAAGGGUUUCUGUUAGUGAGGGGAGCUCGCUGCCACCUCUAGUUCAAUGGAACUGAGCCCCCGUUAUCACCACACUACCCUAAUUUGAAAAAUAGUUAGCUAGCGUCAUGAUUUAGUCCCUGAUCUAAACUGUCUCCACCCAGAACUAGAUCGUUACUCUUGUUUUAUUCUCAUACAUUUGUGUGAGACGAGCUCCCGUCAAGCUCGGGAGGAAAGAGUAUUUUAUCGGUUCAGAUUGAUUUUUGGAAGAAAA